ACUACUUGAACAAUGUCAAGUGAGGAUGACUUGAAGAAAACACAGAUUGUGGAAGCUCGUGCUAGAAAUAUUAGCCAUAAUGUACGUUGCACUGAGUGUGGAAGCCAGUCCAUUGAAGAGUCCCAAGCAGACGUUGCCAUUCUAUUGCGGAAGCUAAUACGGGACGAGAUUAGGGCUGGUAAAACGGACAAGGAAAUAUACGAAAACCUGCAGGAUAAAUUUGGGGAGACGGUACUCUAUGCGCCUAAAUUUGACGUACAGACUGCAGCUUUAUGGUUAUCUCCGUUCCUCGUCGCUGGAGCUGCUGCAGGUGUUUGGGCUUAUCAGAGGCACAAGAGAAGGACUAAUGUGCAUAUCAUGGCUUUGGACCUUGUCAGAGGAGUGCCGUUAACAAAACUGGAGAAAAAAACAAUGCUGGAUAUCCUCACGCCUCCGCCUCCACAAAGGAAGCUAUGGUGGUGGAGCUGAUGGGGAUUUAUUCUAUUUUAAACAUUUUUUUUUCAUCUCUGUAGCUAUAGUGUUAAUAUCUGGACAGUGAUUUGUCUCUAUUUUUAUGCUGUUUUUUAAUUCAGUUGUUUAAUUUAUACUGUCUGAUGAAUUUUUUCUAUUAUCGGAGUAAGAUUUAGGUUUUUUUGCGA